GCGGGUCGAUGUGAGGGAGAGAGAAGGGGAGAGAGGAGAGAGGGAAAGGUGACUCCCUGCCCUCUCCGCUUGCGUCGCUCCGGAGACACCGUCUCUCUCUCGUUACCUCUCCUUCUCAUCUCUCUCUCUCCCUCUGUCCGCUCCCCUUCACCUUCACACGCCCUUGUGGAAAGCGAGAGCUCCCAGGGGGCAGAAAUCACCGGAGCUUAAUUAAUUACCCAGCUGGUUGGCAUCCCUCGGCAGCCAUCAUGGGUGCUGGUGGCAGGAUGAACGUGCCGGUGCAGAAGCCCGACCCCUUGGAACGCGUUCCCACCGACCGUCCGCCCUUCACAGUCGCGCAGAUCAAGAAAGCCAUCCCUCCCCACUGCUUCAAACGCUCCAUCCCCCGCUCAUUUUCCUACGUCGCCAUGGACCUCACCAUUUCAGCCAUCCUGUACUACGCGACUCAGUUCUUCCACCUGUUUCCCCCAUUUGUCUCCCCCUUCCUGUGGGUUCUCUACUGGGCCUGCCAAGGCUGUGUGCUCACGGGUGUCUGGGUUCUUGCCCAUGAGUGCGGUCACCACGCCUUCUCCGACUACUCUGCGCUCGACGACACCGUUGGCUUGAUCCUCCACUCUUUCCUUCUGGUUCCCUACUUCUCGUGGAAGUACAGCCACCGCCGCCACCACUCGAACACCGGCAGUCUCGAGCGCGACGAGGUCUUUGUGCCGAAGCCCAAAGCUGCGCUUGCAUGGUACUCCAAGUACCUGAAUAACCCGCUCGGCCGCGUGCUGACGCUCGCCGUGUCGCUCCUGCUCGGCUGGCCCCUCUACCUCGCCUUCAACGUCUCCGGCCGCACCUACGAGCGGUUUGCCUGCCACUACGACCCUUACGGCCCCAUCUUCAGCAACCGGGAGAGAGUCCAGAUCGUGAUCAGCGACGUGGGGGUAUUGGGUGCCGGCUACUUUCUGUACUUGCUGGCAAAGGCCUAUGGCUUUUGGUGGCUGGCGUCUGUGUACGGGGUGCCGCUCCUCAUCGUCAAUGGCUUCCUGGUGCUGAUCACAUAUCUGCAGCACACUCACCCCGCAUUGCCCCACUACGACGGGUCGGAGUGGGACUGGCUCAGAGGUGCCCUGGCGACUGUCGACCGUGACUACGGCUUCCUCAACACAGUCUUCCACCACAUCACCGACACUCAUGUAACUCACCACCUCUUCUCGACGAUGCCGCACUACCAUGCAAUGGAGGCCACCAAGGCCAUCAGGCCCAUCCUUGGGGAGUACUACCACUUUGAUGGCACCCCCAUCGUGAAGGCCAUGUACAGAGAGGCCAAGCAGUGCGUGUACGUUGAAGCUGAUGAGAAGUCCAAGGGUGGUGUGUUUUGGUACAAGAACAAGCUGUGAGUAUAGCAGUGAAUGUGUCCGGGGAGAGUCCUGAGUUUGUUUCUUGGGUCUUUUUUUUGUUUGUUUUUUUCGCUUUUAGGUCUCUUUUCCUUUUGCUUCUUGUUAGUGGGCAAUGCCUAAGACUGCUGGAUGCUGAGUCUGCUGUCGGCCUUCAUGAGGCUGUGAAGAUAAUUUAGAAGAAAAGUCAGUCCACUUCUUAAUUAAGCAAUAACACAUGGAGACUAGAAAGUGACCAUUAUGGA